AUGACGACAACGUUCAGAGCCUGGACAUCUCUCGGCGUCGCUGCUUCGUGCCUCUUGGUAACAGUUGCUGCGCAUGAGCAUCAUGAGGAUAAGAUCGAGGAGGGCCAUGCUGUCUCCGCCGACCCUAUCGAUUCGAUACUAUGGGUUCAUAUCCUAAUGCAGACGCUUGCUUGGGGCAUAUUAUUUCCUACGGGAAUGGUCCUCGGGAUGAUCCGCUCGCGAUGGCACGUCCCAGUUCAAACCACCGGCUCCGUUCUCGCUGUUAUAGGAUACUUGCUUGGACACAAACACAAGGGUCGCCAAUUCACACACAACAUCCACGCCGCUUUCGCCCCGACUCUGAUGCUGUCCCUGGUCCUCCAGGUGGCAAUGGGUGUAUACCUGAAGCUCCAUCUCGAGAAGGGAAUCCAUGCUCGGAUACGGAGAAUCGUAGUUCUCUGUCAUGGCGUCAUAGGGAAGAUGAUGCCAGUCGCCACCUGGGUCCAGAUGGUAUUCGGAGGUAUCACGGCGAUGGGAUACUGUCGGGGGGACCACCUUGGACAAUGUCUGGCGCACUUCAUCAUGGGCAGCGCAUUCAUCGGCUACGGAAUCAUCAUGACAAUCCUCCUCCUCGUCGGCCAGAUAUGGCUCAAGCGCUCCGGACGCAGCCAGGAGUUCUUCGACUCCCUCGUCAUUGCUGCGUGGGGCUGUGUGAACACAUUCACGGAGCACAGGUGGGGCCAGGCAUGGGUGCACAACGACCUCCAGCAUACGUCGAUGGGCAUAAUCUGGUGGUGUGCAGGACUCUUGGGUGUCUGGCUUAGUAGGAAGAGAAACGGAAGGCCAAAGCGAAAUAUCAUCCCAGGCAUGAUCAUCCUGAUCACUGGCUAUGGUAUGUCGGCCCAUCCUCAGAACCUGCCGCUGUCUACCAUGGUCCAUACAUUAUUUGGCUACACGCUCAUGGGCGCUGGUAUUACCCGAAUCAUCGAGGUUGCGUUCGUCCUCAAAGAUGGCAACGCAACCACCCAGGACGGCUCGGACCCAAACAGCUUCCAAUAUCUUCCCCCAUUCCUCCUCUAUGCCUCCGGCUUCCUUUUCAUGGGCGCCACAGAAGAACAAAUGCAGCUCCUCUCCGACGCCGGCGUGACGCACGUCUCCUAUGUUUUCAUCCUCUACAGCAUCGCUUUCCUGCUAUUCCUCUUCGUUAACAUGCUCCUCCACCUCUACGCCGUCUCCACAUGGGACGAGACUUCGAAGUCAGACCCAGAAGCACCGCGGACGAAUGGCUUGGCGAACGGCCAUGCCAGGGCUACGGAUCACCGCAGAGUCCGGGAUGCGGAGGAGUUCGAGCUUGCGGGACUCAUGUCGGAUGAUGAGGAGCCGGAGACGCCGGUCGCUGCGAAGGGGAGGCAUGAGGGAUGA